CGUUUCUCCAUCACGGGCUUCUCAUCGGGACAUGUACGGUAACUUCUCUGUUUGCUUUAGUGGCGAAUAGCUGGUUGUCUGUUUAGCCGGCUGUCGGUUACAUUUAGCUGUUAUUUGUUCUGUCCUGCAAUUCAUAACAAUUUCGCUGGUAUUUAGUCUAAAUGGACGGGGAUAUUUGUGCUACCGCUACGGCCACCACACCACCUGACUCCGACCCAACGCGGAAGCGCCGAGUGCACGGUAUGUUGAAGCUCUAUUAUGGGUUGAACGAGGAAGGAAAGACCGUGGAUCAAGCAGAGUCGAUGAAUCCUUGCGAUAUAAACGGCACGCAUUUCGAUCCUGAGGUUUAUCUCAAUAAGCUUAGGAGAGAAUGUUCCCUUGGAGAGCUGAUGGACCAGGAGAGCUGCAUGGUGAAGCAGAUCCGCUCCUUGGACAGUGACAUGCAGACAUUGGUGUAUGAGAACUACAACAAGUUCAUCUCUGCCACAGACACAAUCAGAAAAAUGAAGAAUGAUUUUAAGAAGAUGGAGGACGAAAUGGACUGUCUCUCUACUAACAUGGCUGCUAUCACAGAGUUCAGUGCACACAUCAGUGGGACUCUUCAGGACCAGCAUGCACAGAUAACCAAACUGUCAGGAGUCCACACUCUCCUUCGAAAGCUGCAGUUCCUGUUUGAGCUGCCUGCCAGGCUGAAUAAGUGUCUGGAGCUGCAGGCUUAUUCCCAGGCGGUGAGCUCCCAUCGUCGUGCCCGCUGCGUGCUGCAGCAGUACAGCCACAUGCCCUCCUUCAGGGGCAUCCAGGAUGACUGUAAUGCCAUCAUGGACAAGCUGGCACAGGAGCUUAGGCAGAAGUUCCGAGAUGGAGGUUCGAGUGCGAAGGACCUUUCAGAGUGUGUGGAGCUUCUGCUGCAGCUGGAUGAGCCAGCAGAGGAACUGUGUGACAAGUUCCUGAUCCACGCCCAGUCACGACUGGAAGCAAACCUCCGAGGACUGGAGGCGGAGCUAAGACCACCAUUGUCCUCUGGACCCACAUCAGUGAUAGAUCCCUCCAUUGGCCCUGCCCGCAGACUGUCAGCUGCACCCACAGCUGGAUCUCCCGCUGACCCCACCUUUCCAGGCAAUCCCUUCCUCUCUCCCAGCUCAAGGACUGAUAUUCUGGAAUUCAUAGACAGAGGUUGCAAUGAAUUCGUCAGCAGCCUUUGCUUGGCCAUUGCCUCGUACCAAGAGUUGUUUGUCAACCGUCCGCAAGAGGGUAAUCUGGCCUCCAAAAACAUCCCCCAUAUGGCUAUUGGCAAGCUGCAUGCUUUCGUGGAUGCCCUGGCCACCUGCUACUUCUCGCUGGUGGAGAGGAGGAUACAGGAGGAGAAAUGUGUUGGAGACAACUCUCUUCUGGUCCGGGCUCUGGACCGUUUCCACCGCAGGCUCCAGGCCGUAGCCAAACUGCUGCCUGGGUCUGCUGUGCCCAGCCAGGGGACUGAGAUCGUGGUGCGAGCAGCCAGGGAGAGGAUCAAGCAGUACCUGGCAGCCCUGCAGAGCUUCUACCUGGACAGCCUGAGAGACGUGAGGCAGGCCCUAGCAGCUCCUCGGCUGGGUGGAAGCUCAGCUGGAGGUGGCUCUCAUCUGGCGGGACCAGCCACUGGGAAAGAUGCUCCCGCCAGCCUGCCAGAGCUCCUCUCCUCUCUGUCUGCCUCCAUUCUUAAUCAGAUCAAGUCAGUGCUGGCAUCAGUGCACCUCUUCACCGCAAAGGACAUCACCUUCUCCAAUAAGCCUUACUUCAAGGGGGAGUUUUGCAGCCAGGGUGUGCGUGAGAGCCUUGUGGUUAACUUCAUUAAGUUUGUGUGCCAGUCCUCACGUCAGUUCUGUGAGAGUGCGGGAGACAGGGGCGGCUCUACACCCCCUGCCCUCCUACUGCUGCUGUCACGCCUCUGCCUGAACUAUGAAACCUCCACCAUCACCUAUAUCCUCACCCUCACAGACGAGCAGUUCCUCGUGCAGCAUCGCUCUCCUGUAACUGCAGUCGCAGCUUUAUGUGGAGAGGCCAGAGAGGCAGCACAGAAGCUACUGAACCAUUAUGUUAAGGUUCAGGGCCUGAUCAUAUCCCAGAUGCUGAGAAAGAGUGUGGAGACACGAGACUGGGUCAACACUAUCGAGCCACGGAACGUCCGUGCUGUGAUGAAAAGAGUGGUGGAGGACACCACCUCUAUUGAUGUGCAGGUGGGUCUUCUCUAUGAGGAGGGGGUGAGGAAAGCCCACAGCAGUGACUCCAGCAAAAGGACCUUCUCUGUCUACAGCGGCUCUAGGCAGCAAACCCGCUACGCCCCCAGCUACACACCCAGUGCUGCUAUGGAUACCAAUCUCCUGAGUAAUAUACAAAAGCUAUUUUCUGAGCGGAUCGACAUCUUCAGUCCUGUGGAGUUUAACAAGGUCUCUGUGUUGACAGGAAUCAUAAAGAUCAGUCUGAAGACGUUCCUGGAGUGUGUCCGCUUGCGUACCUUUGGUCGUUACGGCCUGCAGCAGAUCCAGGUUGACUGCAACUACCUGCAGAUGUAUCUGUGGCGCUUCGUCUCCGAUGAAAACCUGGUCCACUUCCUACUUGACGAGAUUGUGGGCAGCACUGCCCACCGCUGCCUGGACCCCGCUCCCAUGGAGCAGAGCGUGAUUGAGGUCAUUUGUGAGAGAGGUUAAAGGCCAGAGGUCACAUUGGUUGAGGAACUGGUGAAUUGUGAUGGUGAAAUUGAAGAGUGUGUAACAGGUUAAAACCAACAAAAUACCUUGAAGUUAACUGAACAUUGAAGAUUGGACGAAGAGGGCUUUUACUUGAUACUCUCGAUUCCCAUGAUGUAAAUGUGGGACAGGAGGGGGAUUGAGGUUACCGUACUAUGAAUGUUAUUAUGAAUGAUGUUUGGGUGGGAUGCAUCUAUAUUAAUUUGAUUAGUAAUUACAAACAUUAUCAUAUGGUAAUAUGAAUUUAAUUUAAAAAAUCGAACUCAUAAACGGAUAUAAAGCAGAGUUGUGCCUCCUGCCUUCAAGGACAUGUGAUCUCAAUUUGCACACUUAAUUCUGCAAUUUAAAUUCAAGGACAUGUGAUCUCAAUUAUUUGUAUUUCUCUUGUUUUCCCUUUGCACACUUAUUCUUGCAAUUUAAAUUAGAAUAAUUGUUACAAUUAAUAAUCUCUGUAAAGUAUGUUUUAUAAAGUGUCAGUAUUCUAAGUAAUAA